UGUUGCUCUGAAUCACUAGCCAUUUGACUUUGAACUUUCACGAAAUGCAGUGGCCCUUGGCGACCUUCCUGUUGGCCCUCUGCCUGGGCCGGCUCUCGGCCAGACCUCAGGAUAUCGGCACUGGCAUGAUGCUGGCCGUCGGACAGCUCCAACAACUGGCCGAAACUGGUGGCGGUCUGAGGAACGAGAACAGCGUCGAGGUCCUGGGCCAGAAGAUGAACGGAGGCCUCAAUCUGGGCUUCGGCGAGGCCAUGCAGGGCGCCAUGCAGGGCGCCAUGACGGGCAUACAGGGUAUGUCCCAGGGUAUGCCCGGCAUGCCCUCCAUUCCCGGCAUGGGACGCCGACGUCGUUCCAAGGAGCUCUUCCAGAUGAACUAACAGCUUUCCAGGUCUUCGAUUUCAAUAAAAAGCGUUAAGAAAUA